UAGAUCCGUGCAUGACUCUGUGAACUGUGCAUUGACGUUUAAACGAAUUGUUCCUGCACAGCCGACUCGCACUUUUUAUUCCAACACAAACUGCAGUGAGGUAUGGCAGACAUGAGCACCACUGAGAAAAUUCAGCUGCACGUUCCAGCCUUAGAAGAACUUAGUGCUGUGUUGCAAACAGGACUGCAAACUAACUUUGCUGAAGUCCAUGUCAGUGCUGUUGAAUGUCCAGAUCUGACCAAGGAGCCCUUCCUCUUUCCUGCCAAGGGUUUAUGUGGAAAUCCUCGCAUCACAGAUGUUGGUGGUGUGCCUUACCUGGUCCCUUUAGCUAAAACGGAAAAGGAAUAUGACAUGAAUGUUAUUUCAAAAGAAGUGGAGCUCCCUGGAGGAUUUUUUCUUGGUGCGGGGGCUGUUGCUUCCAGAGUCGUUGGAAUAAAUGCUGAGUUUAUGCCAGUCGUCCUGACCGCGGCAGAGGGGAGACCUGCAGUUAAUGGCAGCUACUUCUCAUGUAUCAAUCCAGCUGAUGGCAAGUGCCUUCAAGAAAAGUAUAGCGACAGAUUCUCUGACUGCCUCUUUGGUCUAAUGGCCAACCUGUAUGCUUGUGAGGGGAAACCUGGGAAGGUCAUAGAGGUGCGGGCCAAGAAGAGAACAGGAGACCAAAGCUUUGUGUCCGCAUUAAGAAAGACUCUUGAAAACCACUAUCCUGACAAAAGCCUGGCUCUUGGAGGAACAUUUGUCAUACAAAAAGGGAAAGCUAAAAUCCACAUUAUGCCAAGAGAAUUCUCAGCCUGCCCACUUAACACUAAUGAUGAAGUCAACAACUGGCUUAAGCACUUUGAAGUCAGUGCUCCUCUCAUCUGCCAGUCGGUGCUUGUGUCUAAAGACCCAGGUUUAGACUUGAGAAUUGAGCACACUCACAUUUUCAGCCAUCAUGGAGAAGGAGGUCAUUACUACAUUGACACCACCCCAGACAUUGUGGAGUAUGUGGGGUACUUCAUGCCUGCAGAAUAUGUGUACCGCAUCGACAGACCAAAGGCGACACAUGCGGUUGGACGGGAUUAAGAUAACAAACAGUACCU